AUGGAAUCAUGGCUCGAGACUCCACGUCUCAAUAAACCUGCCGCGGUCUUUGUUGUGUCGGUUGUUGGGGUUGUUUUCAUACAGCUUGCGCGAAUACUGCGGCAAGUCUUCAGACGGCGAGAGCUGGGGCGACUUCAUGGCUGCGAAAAGCUCCCCAAUGAAAACGACCGCUUUCGAUAUGACUUCUUUGGGAUCGCCAAAACAAUCGAGUUGGCCUCUCAUUUCCAGCGUCGAACCUCGCUAAUGUAUACGAACGCACUGUUCACCAGGUACGGAGAGACGUACGCUUCCCAUCUGAUCGGGUAUCGCCUCAUCUUUACCCAUAACCGGGAAAACAUACAACACCUACUGUCAACUGCUUUUGUCGACUUCGACAGUUCGCCCUUACGAAAGCCCCUGUUUCAGUCGAUCACCCCGCAUGGGAUCUUUACUCUGGACGGCGCAGAUUGGAAGAAAAGACGGGGGCAGUUGAAUGGCCGACUUUCCGAUCUUCGCAGGAUUAUCGACCUCGAAGGGUGCGAGCGCCAUUUUCAAGCCUUUCUCCAACACGUCCCACCAAACAGCCAAGCUUUUGACAUUCAAUCCUGUGUCUUUGCACUUUCUCUGGAUAUACAGACAGGAUUGUCCUUGGGAGAGUCCAUAGAUGCUCUCGACCCUUGUCAGCCCCCUGAGAAGAAGCAAUUCGAGGCAGACCUGCUACAUGUGAAGGAGAGAAUCGUGCAGGAUGGUUUUCGUGGUCCUCUGCGUCAUUGGCGCUCCAAGCGGACAUUUGUCCAGUCAUGCAGGCGAGCCCGUGAAUAUGUGAUGGCCCAGGCCACCCGAGAGGUCCGACAACGGAGCCACCAGAAGGAGAAGGCGGGAGUACACCCCGUCAGAGCGGCUCUCGACGCGGAGGCCGAGGAAAUCUCCCAGUUUACCGACCAGGCUCUCAGCAUUCUUCUCGCAAAUGACAGCAUAGGGACGACUCUCUCGGGUCUUUUCUACUGUCUGUCCCAGGACGAACGAGUCGUGCGCAAGCUGCGAGCGAGCAUCACCGACACUAUCGGAUUGACACCCCCGACAUGGAAGCAGCUGGGUUCUCUGGGCUAUGUCCGCUGCGUGGUCCAAGAAGUCAUGAGGCUCUUUCCUGCCGUGGUGCUCAACGCACGCGUGGCGAACAAGGAUUCCAUCAUGCCGAGCGGUGGUGGAAGGGACGGUGACGCCCCGGCCCUGGUUCGAGCGGGGGAUAUCGUGGUCUUUUCCACCUGGGCUCGACAUCGGCUAGGGAACGACUUUGGGGAAGAUCCCCAGGCAUUCUAUCCCGAACGGUGGGAACAUCUCAGUGGAGAUAUGCCGGGGUAUAUCCCGUUUAACAAGGGACCUCGAGCCUGUCCUGGUCGACAUUAUGCCAUGGUUAUCCUGACGUACCUUGUGGCGCGUCUGUUCCAGACUUACUCGCGGGUGUCGAACUAUAAUACCCAGCCGUGGACGGAAAAAAUCAGCAUGACGUUUGAGAACGACAACGGGGUGUUUGUCGGGCUCAGCUAA